CAACAUUUUAAUCACUAUCUUGGAAGUAAUUUGACUGAUCAAUGUCUUCAUCUAACUCGCUUGGGUUAGUUGUCGUAUAUGUGUCCCAUUUAUCGUCAAAAUCUAUGGAAUAGUCUAGCUUAUCGUCAACACCAUCAAUCCAAUUUUCUAAUAAAAUUCUUUCAAAUGCUUCUUUACCAUCAAUUAUUGAUUUACCAAGUAUAUUAGAAUUAUCAUUUUUAAUUGCUGAUAAUUUAGAUUGCGUAUAUGAUCGACUAUCCCUCUCAGAUUCAUAUUCGGAUAAGAGUGAACCUAAUUUAUUUAAUUUUGUGUUAUUAGACAUCAUAGAUUCAUUCUCUAACCAUUUAGAUUCACUUUGACCUGCAUCUUGAGCAUAUUGAAAACUCGGAUGAUGACCUUUCUCAUUACGUUCUACAGAUAAUUCAAAAUUGGAUGGAUCUCUAAAUCUACCAGCGUCUGACUUGAAUGUAUCAGUUGAAGAUUUAGCGAAGUUUAUUCUACGUUUCUUUAUAAUGGCAAUUUGUGAUCGUUCUUUAGGUGUUGUAAUAGAUUCAAAGUAAAUGAGUAAAUUUGGUGGUAAAGUGUACAGAUUCUUUCUUAAGAAAUCUAAAGGGUUAUUUAUUAAAGCAUCCCUGUCCUCACUAUCAAUCCAGCGGAGAAUGCUAUCAAUUUCGUCAGAUUGCAUUGGUAGUUAAGAAAGAAGAAGUUAAUAGUUGAUAAUAAAUACAUUAAUAAGACUAUAGUACAUAUCUAUUGCGGUCUUGGUGGUGGUGGUGGUCUGAAUUGUGGUGGAGGCGGUCUAAAUGGUGGACGCAUUCCUGGGAAUGCUGGUCUAACACCUGGAGGAGCACCUGUAGUAGUUAAUUAGAAAGAUUUGCUAGUAUACCAAUAUAAAUACUGACCUGGAGGUGGUGGACGCAUCAUUGGAGGUGCAGUUAAACCAGCUGGACCAUUGAAUUUGUUAAGCGUUGGUGGUGGUCUAGCUAAUCCAGAUUCAUGUAUCCUGCAGAUUUCGUCGAUGAUGAAUUGUGCUUUGUCGUGACCGAGGGCUAUAAUGGAGUGAUAAUCUUUUACGUUUAUUAGAUGGUUUCUACCAGAAUUGUGAGCUUUUCUAACUAGAACGAUAGUUAGUAAGUUCUAUAAGAUAGCUAAUAAAAAAACUACCUGCAGCUGAAUUGUGUGUAAGGAAAACAUCGCAAUAAUCGCAAUAGAAUUUCUGUUUUGUCAUUCUAUCAAUAGGACGUCGAUGACAGAAGCUAUUAAAGAACCGUUAGACCUCGUCAGGCUGAGUUUGAAUGAACAAAUCAAGGUUAAAUUGAGAGGUGAUAGGGAGCUGAUCGGUGUAUUACACGCAUACGAUUCACACAUGAACUUGAUAUUAGGAAAUGUAGACGAGUUCGUCACCGUCGUAGACGUAGAUUCUACCACUUUAGAGUCAACGACGAGGUUUGUGAAGAGAUCUAUGCCAAUGUUGUAUAUCAGAGGAGAUGGUGUUAUAUUAAUAUCCCCUAACUAAUUUAUAUUCAUAAACGCUCGCGGUACAAUUGGUGCUGGAUCUGGUGUUUUCACGUAGUCCAAGGGCCAAAUACCGAGUUCAACCCAGGCAGCUUUGCAUACGACUUGU